AUGCCUCCAAAGCCGCUCGCCUUACCCACGCAGCUGCUCAAACAGAUCGGUGCGCCGGAUCAAUCUGCCACCUCUAGGUCGAACCCUCGUUGGAAGAGCCAAGGACAGAACAGAAAAGAUCGACGGAAAGCCGACAGGCAGUCAAAAAAGCAGCGACAGACAACAACGUCGCGGGACCAAUUUUCACAGAGCCAACGUCCGGUCAGUACCCACGGAAAGGGUGACGAUGGCAAACGUCCUUUCGAGGAGCCGGAAGAGCCACGCAGCUCUGCCCCGAAAAAGCGCAAGCGAGAGCAUAUCAGCAAAUACCAAGACGAAGACGACGACUCUCAGAAACCUUUAGUGUUGAACCAACCUUCUCGUGCUGUGCAAGAAAGGCUGGCCAAAGAUGACGCCGAAAUCGAGCAACUUGAGCGCAAGCUAGGAUUGAAGAAGGGUCGGAAGUCCAUCCCUAAGGCUUUUAAGGAUGACGGACUUGAUGAUUUGCUGGGCGAUCUCAACGACGGCAACGAAUCAGAUGAAGGAAGCCACAGGGUCAAGAGCGAGGCCGAUGCAUGGCUUGCGGCAAAACGAAGGAAAGCGACCCAAGUCCAAGCAAAGUUUCGGUCUACAUCAGGAAGCGACGACGAAGACGAUGAUGAUCCGGGUUUUACAGACGAAAGGGCAUCGGACGAAGAAGAUGACGAAGAAGAUGACGACGACGACGAGGAUGACAAUGGAAUUUCCAUGGAAUAUCAGGGCGACUCUGAUGACCAGGGCUCAUUGGGAGACUUCGACUCGGAAGAUGAGGAAACUGUCCAAGAAUCCAAGCCUAUCAGAGAGAAUCCAUAUCUCCCACCAAUCUCAGCUGGCUCGCAGCUCCCCAAGUACAUUCCUCCAUCGUUGCGAGCACGAUCGGGUGGCGAUGCAGAUCUUGAGGCUCAGAUCCGAAGGAAGCUGCAGGGUCCCGUCAACAGAGUCACUGAAGCAAACUUGGUAUCUAUUGUUGGUGAGAUCGAUAGGAUCUAUCAGGACAACCCGAGGGGCCACACCAACAAUAUCUUGACAAGCCUGCUCAUGGCUCAAAUUUGCGAUCCUACCAGCAAACCCGAUACGCUACUCGUCCUAUCCGCCGGUUUCAUUGCUGCCCUCUACAAAGUCAUCGGUAUUGAUUUCGCCGCGCAUUUUCUUACUACGGCUGUGGAGCGUUUUCAGGAUGAGAGGCACAAAGCAAUAGUAGCAGUCAGUGAAGACCGCAUACCCACGAAAGAGACGUCUAAUCUCCUCACGGUGCUUGCGGAGAUGUACAUGUUCCGUGUCGUUGGUAGCAACCUGAUAUUCGACUUUGUGCGGCUCCUUCUCAACGAUUUAUCGGAACUGAAUGCCGAGCUCUUACUACGUAUUGUUCGUGUAUCGGGCCCUCAACUACGAAAGGACGACCCGUUGGCGCUGAAAGAUAUCGUCAGUUUGAUUCGUCCCGCGGUAGCUAAGAUCGGGGAGAGCAACCUGACGGUUCGCACCAGGUUUAUGGUCGAGACCAUCAGUGACCUCAAGAACAACAAGAUCAAAGCCGGUGCACAAGAUCUGGCCAUUCUUGGUGAGCAUGUGACGCGCAUGAGAAAGGUCCUGGGUUCUCUUGACACGCAAAGGCUCAAGGCAUCAGAGCCCCUUCGCAUCGGCCUGAAGGAUAUCGAGAACGCAGACAAGACGGGCAAAUGGUGGCUGGUAGGCGCCAGUUGGGCAGGCCAGGAUACACGAGAGGCAAAUAAGGAUAAGGAGAGAACCACCACCACAGGAGAUGUUGACGAUAUGGUGGUUGCGGAUGCUGACGAUCUGGCCACUCACGAUUACACGCAAUUGGCAAGAGAACAAGGAAUGAACACUGAUGUUCGACGAGCCAUAUUUAUCGCUCUUGUUGCAGCUGCCGACUGUCAGGACGCAUACAUGCGUAUUCUGAAGCUGCGACUCAACAAAUACAACAGACGCGAGGUGCCAAACGUGCUCCUCCAGUGCUCAGGAGCACAGCAACACUACAACCCUUUCUACACUUUGGUAUCCAAAAAGUUCUGCACCGAUUCACGGAUCAAGCAUGCCUUUCAAGAUACCUUGUGGACCCUGUUUCGGAGACUCGGUGAGCCGCUUUUCGGAGAGGAGGCUGAGGAGGAAGACGAGGAGGGGAUAGACGACCGGCGUCUUAUCAAUACUGCUAAGAUGAUGGGAAGCUUAGUUGCUGACGGCUCUGUCAGUCUUGGAGUCCUCAAACCACUCAAUCUGGCUUACGUCAGGGAGAAGACCAGCUUGUUCGUCGAGGUAAUGCUCAUCACUGUACUUCAAGAGUGCAGUCACGUGAAGGGCAAGAGCCUGGAGCAAGCCCUUGGAGUGUGCUUCGGCAGCGGGUUGGCGCCAGCCCUCGCGAGGAGCGUAGGCUAUUUCUUGCGCAAGAAGGUACGGGUUACAGACCUUGUUGGCGGCAAGAAAGAGACUAGAAAAGUCAAGGAGGCGUGCAAGGUGGCGGAGGCGUUACUGGAAAAGCCAGACGUGGGCGAAGAUGCGUAG